AUGGAAAAGUACGAGCUUGUGAAGGAUAUUGGAUCUGGGAAUUUUGGGGUGGCGAGGCUGAUGAGGAACAAAGAAACCAAAGAGCUCGUCGCCAUGAAAUACAUCGACCGUGGUCUCAAGAUUGAUGAGAAUGUGGCAAGAGAAAUCAUAAACCACAGGUCGCUUCGCCAUCCAAACAUCAUUCGGUUCAAGGAGGUAGUUUUGACUCCUACACAUCUCGCUAUCGUGAUGGAGUACGCUGCAGGUGGAGAACUUUUUGAGCGAAUUUGCAAUGCUGGAAGGUUCAGUGAGGAUGAGGCUAGAUAUUUUUUCCAGCAGCUUAUCUCGGGAGUUAGCUACUGUCAUUCUCUGCAAAUAUGCCACCGAGAUUUGAAGCUGGAGAAUACCUUGCUGGAUGGCAGCCCGGCUCCACGCCUGAAAAUUUGUGAUUUCGGUUAUUCUAAGUCAUCAUUGCUGCAUUCAAGGCCUAAAUCGACUGUGGGUACUCCAGCAUAUAUUGCUCCUGAGGUUCUUUCUCGAAGAGAGUAUGAUGGCAAGCUGGCAGAUGUAUGGGUCAUGUGGGGUGACCCUAUAUGUUAUGCUGGUGGGAGCAUAUCCUUUUGA